AGUGAGUGUGUCUAACUAAAAUAAAAAGUCCAUAUCGAGUUUAACGUUUUCCAUUCAAGCUUUCUAAGAUGGAUUUGUUUAUUUCAAAAUUUGCUUCCUUUGUGACGCUAAUUUUGGCCGCAUCUCUUGUGUCUGCAUCAGUAACUCCUGCAGUUGUUGACAUUGCAAGGACGUAUCCACCAAACGUUUAUCCAUGGGUCCAAGAAACGAACGUGGUGCAGCGACUUCCAGUUCCAAGAACACCAAUAGUUUUUGUGGGACAUGUUCCUCAUAUUCCACCAACCGUCAUACGUUACCCAACAAUUUACCACCCCAGCCUCUUACCACCAUUCAGCUACUACGGUGGAGUUUAUCCAGGAUCAGCAUAUCCAGGAUCAGCAUAUCCUGGAGCAGUCUAUCCAUUCCUGCGAACUCCGUCAUACUUCCCAAAUACAUAUCCAUUUGUUCGAUAAAGUAUUAAAUA